UCUGACAUUUUAUUUAUUUUAUACGGAGCUGGGUAUUCAUUUUACAUUGAUGAAACGAAUGUACGCUUCAUCUAUUUUGUGAAAAGUAAUCAACGUUGUUAAUGAAUUUUAGUGGAAAAAUUGUGUACAUUUCGAUAAUGUAAAUGAAUUUACAUUAUUUUUCAUGUAUUUAUGACCGUGCGUGAGGAUUUUCUGAAAUCGGCGUUGAUUUUCAAUAGCGUAUGUGUAUUAAAGAAGCGCAAAGUGUUUGCGUUUUGCGGGCUUUCGAUUUCAUUCAGAUAAUUCACACGGCAAACUGAGAAAUCCGUGUGUGUUUUUUUUCUAUUUUGGCCGCAUCAUUCGGCAAAUUGAACAUUUGCGAUUGUUUUGAUUGAGUUUUUUUCAUUCGUUCACGUGAAGUUUUGUGGUGGAUAAUUUAGGGACGACGAACUACCGAAAAACAAAAUUUUUUUUAUUGUGCGGUACAUUUCGAGUGGAAUCAUAUUUGUAGAGUGUAAGCAUCGAUAGCCGUAGUACCACUGCGAUUGUGUGAAAAAACAUAACCAUGGAAAGUGAAACGUAUCGCUUUAUUUCGUUAAUUGAGAAACAUCCUCAAUUAUAUAAUAAGAAGCAUAAGGAUUUUUUGCGCCAAGAUAUACGCAAUACAAUAUGGGACAGCAUUUGCAAGGAGAUGAAUUGGGACGACACCAAUAAAGCGAAGAAGAAAUGGAGAAAUCUUCGAGACAAAUUUGUUAAGAAGAGACGUCGGCAUGGUAAUGGUGCAAACGCCAACGAAGACGAAAGCCAACGGGAGUUCUAUAAUAGCUUAAUGUUUUUGGAUGGGCACGUAAAUAGUCGAAAUGCCCGUACAAGUCAGGGUCAAACGACUUCUGGGUCGACCACCAAUACGGUGAUAAGUACAACAACUGCAACGCAGCAGCCGCAAUAUGUGCAAGUAAGCACCAAUCAGAUACCAAUUGAGCACAUAAACUUGGAAUAUCUAUCAGGUGUGAACGUAUCUGAAGAUGCUCAAUGUUUACUUGAUAUAUCAAACAAUACGAAUGCCAUAGCCAAUCAUCAGCACCCUCCGCCACAACCACAGCAAACUCAGCAAAUCCAAACGCAACCGCAAGCACAGCAUCAAUCACAGCAUGGUCAACAACAUCUAUCGGCCGCUCAGCACAUUCAACAAUUCAAAAUUGAAUUUCAAGAUCAACUCGAAACGAGUAUGGACGAAAAGAUAAGCUUGAAUCAGGUAUGUCAACAAGAAGGUGAAGAGGUCAUUGUGCAACAAUGUGAAGUCGAAAAUGCAACAUAUGAUGCACAAACGCAUACAUUGACACCGGCUACAUCGACCACAUUGGCACCAAUACCGACCGCCAUUCACCGUGCACACACUGUGAAUGCAACACCGAAAAAGAUUUACCAUCAAGUCAUCAAUAGUAAUGGAUUGAUUACCACCAAUCAGCACCAGAUUGUUACCGCUCAACUAAAGCGACCACGCAUCGAAGUAUCGACCGAUCAACAGGAGAUCAGUGAAGCGAUUACAGCAGCUGUUGACUAUUACAAACAACAAACGGCUGUUACUGAUGCCGAUGCUGCAUUUGCCAAAUACAUUUUAGAGGAGCUGCGCGAAAUGAACAAAAAGCGUAAAAAUGAGUUCAAGCGAAUGGUCACCACUUGGUUAACCACCGAAGAAGAUGAAGCGCACGGAGAAUGACGAACACCAGCACGACAACGUCGUUUCCGAUGAUAAAUUUUCCUUUUGAAAAAAAAAAAA